AUGUCGUAUCCCGACGGACGUUCCGACGACGAGUGGAGAGCGGUUUUGAAUAAAGAACAAUUCCGCGUCCUGCGUGAAAAGGGUACCGAAGCCCCCUUCACAGGCGAGUUCGACAAACACAUGCCCUCGGCCGGCGUGUACACUUGCGCCGGCUGCAACGCGCCCCUGUACAAGGCCAACCACAAGUUCAAGUCCGGGUGCGGCUGGCCCGCGUACUUUGACAGCAUCCCCGGCGCCGUCACCCGGCACACGGACAACAGCUUCGGCAUGGAGCGGACCGAGAUUGUGUGCAGUAACUGCGGCGGACACCUGGGACAUGUCUUCAAGGGCGAAGGCUACCCGACGCCGACGGACGAGAGGCAUUGCGUCAACAGUAUCAGUUUAAAGUUUCACGAGAAGGAAGACGGAAGUGAUGACAAGCCCGCGGGGAAUGGAGACGCCAAGUAG